AUGGCAACUCCAAGCACUUCGAACGCAGCCGAAUCCAACCAAACGAAAAAGGCACUGUUCUUCGGAGCAAGUGUGAGACAGGGUUUCCUUGUCAUAAAUGUUGGAUCAGAGAAAGUCCGAUACGACGUACACAAGACUUUGCUCACACACCACUCCGAGUACUUCUCCCGCGCUCUUGGCGGUUCAUGGAAGGAGGCAGAAGAAAACUCGAUCAUCCUCAACGAUAUCGAACCAAAGACUUUCGAGGUUUUCGUUCACUGGCUUUACACUCAGAAGAUUGCAACAGAAGAAGAAGUCAACCGCAUGCUCGAGACCUACCCAAGCGACGAACAUGACGACGAUCCGUACAUCACUGUUCUGACGAAAGCUGUUGUAUUUGGUGACAGGUUUAUGACCCCCAAUUUUCGCAAAGCUGUACAAAACUACACCGUUGACUGCAUUUUCGGUUGCGACGAAAUACGUGAUCCUACUUUUCUCUAUGCCAGCAAGUAUGCUUUCGAAAACCUUCCAGAAGAACAUAAACUCCGCUCAUUCUUCAUCGAUGUGCAUUGUCGCUUUAUGGAAAAUGCAAAGAGCUACAUGGAUGAUAUUGUCACUGGAUGGUUCAGAGAGAAUCUGCCACGUACAUUUCUUGUUGGUCUCAUAGACGCCUACAGUUAUAUGUUGGCGACGAGGUCAGGCUUAGGUGGUAUUCACUACAUCAACUGCUGCAGGUACCAUGAGCAUACAGACGACCUUGAUCUAAACAAAUGUAAGCGGGAAAGAUGGUUUGCAGACUAUGGGAUGAAGAUAUGGGACACUCGCCUCAAAGAAUUCGUUAUGAGGUGGGACUGA